GCUUUCUCGCUCUCCCUCUCCGUGCGUCUCUCUCCUCGGGACCGUGUGUCAGACCAGGAAGCCAGGAGUAAGAUCCUGGUGGCUCCUGUUCCGUGCCGGCGGGCGGGCGCGUCUGCCAACAAAUGGCUGGGCUUGGAGCACGCACCGGGUCUUAACUUCCAUCCCAAUGGGAUCAGCGUUGUGUGCCUGGGUGGGACCACUGCCCGGUGAUCCAGCGCGCUGCUUCUUGCCCUAACAGCAUCCACUCUGACCUCCCACCCCACCUGCCCACCCAAAGGCUUCAUGCCCUUCUCUGUGCGGAGGCGGAGGUCUCGAUGCCGAGCCAGCAGGGGACAUGAAGGUGGCCCGGAGUGGGCAGGGAAGGUGGCAUGUCGGGAUUCUGUGUGGUGACGUCUCAGGUGUGCCCCAGUUCUCUGGGGGGCUCAUGGAUCCCAUCCCCGAUGGGAAUCUGCUCUACAUGAUUUGGAGAAAGAUGCACUUGUUCCGCAGCUGCAGCUACAGGAUCCAGCUGGAGGGGCAAGUGGGCAGUGCCCCAAGGAUUCAGGGGAUCAGAUGGACCCCUCUUCCAGACAGCGAAUCAGCCUUGGUGCCUGGCCACAGCCUAAAACAGGUUUCUUCGAACAAAAUCCAGAGAGCAGGGAGGCUGCUCUGUGCGCACUUAGUGAUCAUGUACCCAGACCUAAUCCGCGAUCACAAGCACCACCUCCGGCUUCACAGGCAGUGCUGUUCUGGGAAGGAAUUGGUGGAUGCACUACUCAGCGCAGGACUUUCUGUGCAGACCCGCAGCCAGGCCCUCGGACUCUGCCAGGUGCUGAUGGAUGAAGGAGUCCUGGCUCAUGUACGGCAGGAGAGCUAUUUCCAGGACCGGGAUGCCCAUUUCUUCCGCUUCGUGGCCCUGGAGCCAAGCGCUGAAGACCGGGAUGGCGAGGAAUUACUGGAGGCAAUGGCAUUGCUCACCCAACUGGGCCCCACGGCAUUGCUCACCACUGUCCUGCGCAAACCCCCUGGCCAGCGCACAGAUGAGGAGCUUGCACUGAUCUUUGAGGAGCUGCUGCACAUCAAAGCUGUAGCUCAUCUCUCCAGUUCGGUGAAGAGAGAACUGGCCGCGGUGUUGCUGUUUGAGUCCCAUGCAAAGGCUGGAACUGUAUUAUUCAGCCAAGGGGACAAGGGGACUUCCUGGUACAUCAUCUGGAAGGGGUCGGUCAACAUCGUCACACAUGACAAGGGUUUAGUGUCCACCCUACAUGAGGGAGAUGACUUUGGACAGCUGGCGCUGGUGAACGAUGCCCCCCGCGCAGCCACGAUAAUUCUCCGCGAAGACAGCUGCCACUUCCUCCGGGUGGACAAGCGGGACUUCAACCGCAUCCUCAAGGAUGUUGAGGCCAACACCCUGCGGCUGAAGGAGCAUGGGACUGUGGUGCUUGUCCUGGAGAAGAACUCACAAGGCAGUAACUCCAGUCACCUUCCUGGGACUCCAGGGAGCAGUAGGUACUCAGUGAUGGCUGGGACCCCUGAAAAAAUACUGGACUAUCUGCUGGAAGCCAUGCGCCCAGACUCCGCACUCUCUGACCCUCUUGACACCUUCCUUGGAGAUUUCCUCUUGACGCACAACGUGUUCAUGCCAACACUACAGCUCUGCAAGACUCUGCUCCAACACUUCCAUUCGGAACCUUCGGAGGGCACUGAGCAAGACAAAGCCGGCUACAUUUUGGGCAAAAGACAGAGAAUCCUGUGGCUGGUGAGGCAGUGGGUGUUACUGUACGGGCGCUUGCUGCAGGCCGAAUCCAGUGCCGUGGCCUUCUUGCAGAGCCUGUCAGAGUGUGCAGCCCAGGAUGAUCGUCUGGGUCCCCUGCUGAAGGAACAGACGCAAGAUCGCCGGAGGAACCGAGUCUUGGAAAAUGGCAGCAACUGCGCAACUCCAACGAUUCAGGUGCGAAGUGCUGUGGACUGGUUUGCAAGCCAGGAGGAAUCGUUUCUGAACAGCAGUUACACCAUCCGAGCCAAGGAUAAAAUCCCAUAUGACAUCUACAGACCAGACCACUCCUGCCUCACGACGGUGCUGCCAGUGAACGCUUCAGUGCAGGAGGUGCUUGCGUCCUUGGCAGACGACCACGGCUGGAACAAAGAAUGGAUCCUGGUCAAGGUCACUUCUUCCGGGGAUAAAGAGGUGUUACCCAUGGAAGUCUUCGGUGUGUUUACAUCCCUGGGGUUGAAUGAGAGGCUCUUUGCUGUCAGUGUUCAGGAGCUUCACAGCUUGGCCCCUCACCCUGAACAGCUGGGCCCCACAAUGGGUUCUUCGGAAAGCUUGGAUUUCAUCAGUUCCAAGGACCUGGCCAACCAGUUCACUGAGCAUGACUGGAACCUCUUCAAAAGCGUCCAUCAGGUGGAGCUGAUCUACUACAUUUUUGGGCCGCAGAAGUUUCCCAGUGCCACCACGGCCAACCUGGAGCGCUUCCUGCGUCGUUUCAAUGAGCUGCAGUUCUGGGUCACCACCGAGCUCUGCCUUUGUCCGGAUGUCAUCAAGAGGGCCCAGCUGCUCCGGAAAUUCAUCAAGAUGGCGGCACACCUGAAGGACCAAAAGAACCUGAACUCCUUCUUUGCAGUGAUGUUUGGCCUGAGCCACUCCACCGUCAGUCGCCUUGCUAGGACCUGGGAGAAGCUUCCACACAAGACACGAAAGUUGUACGGCACCAUGGAACGAAUCUUGGAUCCUUCAUGGAAUCACCGGGUCUAUCGGCUGGCCAUGGCCAAACUGAAUCCACCCAUAAUCCCCUUUAUGCCCCUCCUCCUUAAAGACAUGACCUUCAUCCAUGAGGGCAACCGCACAUUGGUGGAAAACCUUGUCAACUUUGAGAAGCUGCGCAUGAUGGCCAAGGCUGUUCGUCUCGUGCAUCACUGCCGGAGUCACCCCAACCUCCCACUCUCCCCCUUGCGGAGUCGUCCUCAGCACCUCUUGGAAGAAGCUCGGACAAUGCGGGCCUCUACCUGCUCUGAGCAAUCCCUCAGCACUCGGAGCCCAGCUGCUACCUGGGCCUACAUCCAGCACCUGAGAGUGAUUGAUAGCCAGAAGGAACUUCUGCGGCUCUCACGGGACCUCGAAUCCUGAUGCUGAAAGAAGCUCAAGCUGUAGGACACAAGAUGUGCCUAUUACCCAACCUAGGGCAAGAACUGUUAGGAAGGGGCACCUUCUCGUGGGUUAGCCCCGCCUUGAAGACUGAGCAGUGAAGGAUCCGAGCAGACUGAAGAGUUCCUCAUUCCCUUGGUGGCAUCCUGGAGCCAGGAGACUAGGUGCUGGUUAUGUCCAGGCCAGAGGAAGGAUGUGCCUGCUGCUACCAGUGAUGCUUUUAUAAGCUGCAGAGUUUCUGAUUUGGAAAACAAAGGCUGCUUUACGGAACACUUUUGGCUGCCUUAUGGUGAAAGGAGCCAAAAGCUCACAUUUAUUACUUAUCAGUGUUCAAUGGAAAUGUGGAUUUUUAAAAAGCAUAUGGCAAGACUUGCUUCUGUACAUCUGGUAGAAUGCUGCUUCUGGACUAGGGUUUCCCUCCCCAACUCCUUUUCCUUGCUGCUGGGUAGCAUCGUAGCUCAGGUGUGGAAAGAAAUGCAUGGGCCCAUCAUUCUGGCUUAGGUUGGCCAGCAGCUCCCACCAUGAUUAUGCCUCCUCUCUCUCUCUCUCUCUCUCUCUCUCUCUCUCUCUCUGCCUUCCCACCUCCAAGGGCUGCUUCCAAUUUUACCAUAGCCUAUGACUGAACCAAAAUCCAUUUCCUCCAGUGGAACUGAUUUACCUAAUAUAGUAUCUAUGUAUUUGGUAUCCUGUGAACAUGUUGACUUUUGUAAGUGAUCCCAGUAGACAAGUGGUACCUUUAGAAAUGCACUCAGCCUUCUCUGCAAUGUUGCAGAGGAUGCUGGGAUAUUAGUUCUGAGUCUCACAUGCUGCUACUGAUGCCAAAAGCAACAUCCAGAGCCCAGAGGCAUAUGUGUUUUUUUUUUAAAAAAAAGUCUUACUCGCCUCUCCCUCUGAAUCGAUUAGAUUUGUGUGCUGCUUCUGACAUUGACACAGGUAGGUAUGUGGGCAUGGCCUGGUCUGGAUACCACUGUGGCAACCCCUUUUCUUGUCUCUUUCAUCAACCCCCAUAAUGCCACCCAGACAAGAGGAACAGUGAGGAUAGCUCAGACCCCUGGCUGCUUCUCCAGCAAGCAAGGCAUAAGCCACAAGUCUAAGUUCAGACAUCACGACAAGGCAUGGUUUAAACAAGCCACACUUCAUCAGUCAACAACAAACCAUGUUUUCUAUUUGUGGUCCACAGCUAGUUGAUAUACCAUGGUUUGUUUACAGGGAUGAGUUCAGAGACAUGAUUGCA